AUGGCCAAUCCUAGCCAGGCACCAACUGACCCUGUUACUACCCCUAACGCCGUGGCCAGCGCAGAAUUAGAGGUGCCUCCUGGUUCCUGGGCCACCCGAAUCAAAAGCCUCAACUACGUCAAAGCUCGAGAGGGUGAAUGGAAGACGCCUCUCCUGUGCUCUUUGUACGCACUUCCAGCUCAGCGCAAGCCUGUUAUCCGCAGCAAUAUGCAAUAG